CCCGAGACCUCGGCACCAGCACCCCGGCACCACCUUCAGAGCUUGUAUCUAAAGGUCGCAUUACGAGAUGGCAGAGAGGCCAAAGCGUGAGCAACCUUGUGGGAGAUGGUGUUUUACGCUGAAUAACCCCACCGAAGAAGAGAAAGCGAAGAUAAAAAGCAUCGAUGAACACUGCAAGUAUUUGGUCGUGGGAUUAGAGCAUGGCUCAGAGAAUCACACAGAGCACUUGCAAGGGUUUGUGAAUCUGCGUAAAAAACUGAGACUUUCUGGCGUAGAACAAUUGAUUUCUGAGAGAGCACACUUUGAGAGAGCGAAAGGGGAUGAUGCUUCUAAUAAGCGGUAUUGCAGUAAAGAAUGUUUGUUUCACGAAUUUGGCGAGCCUCAAUUUUCAGGUAAAAGAAAUGACUUACAUGAUGCUGUACAGCGGCUGCGCGAGACCAAGAGCUUGACGACCGUUGCCAAGGAGUUCCCGACGCAGUAUGUCCGUUACCACCGCGGUUUCAAAGAGUUAUUGUUAGUUCUUCCGGAGUGUCAGCUGAACCGUGAUUGGAAGACCGAAGUCAUGUGCUGGUGGGGCCCCCCCGGAUGUGGCAAGAGCCGAACCGUGAAGGACCUUGCACCUGAGGCUUACUGGAAACCGCGGGGGAAGUGGUGGGACGGCUAUAACGGUCAAGAAGAUGUUAUUCUUGAUGAUUUUUAUGGCUGGCUCGCUUUUGAUGAUCUGUUAAGAUUAUUAGAUAGGUAUCCACUUAGAGUGGAGACUAAAGGAGGGACUGUGUCCUUCCUUGCUAAGAGAGUUUUUAUAACUUCUAACAAGAGCCCAGCAGAGUGGUAUAGCAGUGAGUUUUGUUUAGACGCAUUAUAUAGAACACUGACAAAGUUACAUUGGUUUGAUGGCAAUGCCUUUAUUGAUCCUCCAAACUUUGUAUUCAAUCAUAAAAUAAACUUUUAAUUUUGACAAAGAGCUUUUGUUGCCCAUGCAGCUUCAUUUGCGAACUCUGUAGAAGGCUGAACUUCGAGGUUGAACUCCUUAAAAGCUACAUACAUGUCAAUAUCAUAUUGUAUAGCGUAGUUAGUAGCCAUAGCCUCCCUUAGUGUAAUUGUCAUCCCAUUCCAGGGUUCGUCUAUCCCAUGUUGUGUAGCUAGCCACACUGGUCCCUUUACAAAGUAUGGAGAUAAU